GUGUUUAUGCGUCGUUCAUCCUAGCGUGCGAAAAAAAUGGCGGACGCAAUGAACGUUGGUGUGAAUUUAGAAGCAUUUUCUCAAGCAAUAAGUGCUAUUCAGGCACUUCGUUCAAGUGUAACAAGGGUUUUUGACUCUCUGAAAGAUGGGAUGAAAAACAAAGAAACCCUCGAAGGACGCGAAAAGGUUUUUAUUACCGAGUUUCAAGAUAACCUGCAGUCUGUGAAUCGCGACUUGAAUGAAUUGGAACGCCUCAGUACCCUGGUUGGCAGACCUUCAGAGAGUCAUCCCCUUCACAACAGUGGCCUGUUGAGUCUGGACCCAGUUCAGGACAAGACCCCGCUGUACAGUCAGCUCCUUCAGGCAUACAAAUGGUCUAACAAGCUUCCGUCUCUUUCACGACGUUUCAUCAGAAGGGGAGCAGAGCUGCCGACAGGCUUCUGCCGCUUCCACAUCAAAUUACAAUACCACGCUGGCUUGGCGUCCAGUCUUCUCAACCAGCAGUCACUCAAGCGCUCAGCUAACCAAAUGGGGGCAUCAGCCAAGAGAAGACCCAAAGUCCAGCCCAGUACCCUGGUGCUGCCACCACAGUAUGUGGAUGACGUGAUAUCGAGGAUCGGCCGGAUGUUCCCAGACAUGUCGAUUGAACUCUUCCGACCCAAUGGGACAUCGGCAGUACUUCUGGUGACAUUGGGGAAAGUGCUGAAAACCAUUGUGGUGAUGAGAAGCCUGUUCAUAGACCGGACCAUCGUGAGAGGAUUCAACGAGAAUGUGUAUUCCGAGGAUGGCAAGCUGGAUAUCUGGUCGAAGUCAAACUAUCAAGUAUUUCAAAAGGUUACGGAUCAUGCCACUACUGCUCUGCUGCACUACCAACUCCCCCAGAUGCCCGACGUGGUGGUACGUUCCUUCAUGACCUGGCUAAGAAGCUACAUCAAGCUGUUCCAGACCCCGUGUCAGCGUUGUGGGAAGUUUCUGCAGGAGGGCCUUCCCCCGACCUGGAGAGACUUUCGUACCCUGGAGGCCUUCCACGACACGUGUAGGCAAUGAGGAAUCAGCGGGGGGGAAGUUCAAUUGGAAACUGUGCUGACACCCCAUCUAAUAAGACUUCACCUGCUCUUCAACCUCUGUUGUUCAUGUAGGAAUCAGCACUGUUGUUUAUGGACUGUAUGUCACUGCCUUAUAGUCUUCCUCCUGAAGCCAACUGGGUUGGAAUGGGAGGGAGAAGGGAUCUAAUCAAACAUGCCAAGACUGCCACUAUUGUCUCUUCCUCCCUCAUUGACACAUAGGGCUGAGGCAGUAGUGGCAGUCCCGGUGGUUUGAUUAGAAUUUUGUUGUUGUCCUCCCAAUGUGUAGGAUGAUGUCAUUAAUGCGUCUACUCACGUUUAACCCAAUCUCACACAUUAACCCAAUCUCACACAUUAACCCAAUCUCACACAUUAACCCAAUCUCACACAUUAACCCAAUCUCACACAUUAACCCAAUCUCACACAUUAACCCAAUCUCACACAUUAACCCAAUCUCACACAUUAACCCAAUCUCACACAUUAACCCAAUCUCACACAUUAACCCAAUCUCACACA